AUGACUCACCUCAAAAUUGCCGUCAUUUCGGUGUUGAUGGCCAUGGUUUAUUAUGUGGAUGGUGCGAAGAGUUAUGCUCAAUUGCAGGCUCAAGUUGAGGCGGCUCUACCCAAUUAUGUUCUAUCACCUUAUUAUUUCACGGCGGAUUUGAUUACUGGCGAAAUUAUUGAGACUCGUGUUGAGGUCGAUGACGUGGAUAUUAAGACGAAAUUGAUUAGAGCUUUGAAACUUGCAGCUGAGAAGAGAAAGAAGGAUUUGCAAGAUCGAAAUGCUGGUGGAGGCGGUGCUUCUAAUCCAAAUGCAGAUCCUUUAACUCCAAAUGCACCUGUUAUAACUCCAAAUUCUGCACCAACAGAUCCAGAUGCACCUGUUAUAACUCCAAAUUCUGCACCAACAGAUCCAGAUACACCUGUUAUAACUCCAAAUUCUGCACCAACAGAUCCAGAUGCACCUGUUAUAACUCCAAAUUCUGCACCAACAGAUCCAGAUACACCUGUUAUAACUCCAAAUGCUCCACCAACAGAUCCAGAUACACCUGUUAUAACUCCAAAUUCUGCACCAACAGAUCCAGAUACACCUGUUAUAACUCCAAAUUCUGCACCAACAGAUCCAGAUACACCUGUUAUAACUCCAAAUUCUGCACCAACAGAUCCAGAUACACCUGUUAUAACUCCAAAUGGUGUACCAGGAGAUCCAUUAACUCCAAAUGGAGGUCCAUUAACUCCACAAGAUCAAAAUGGAGAUCCUUUAACUCCACAAGAUCAAAAUGGAGAUCCUUUAACUCCAAAUGGAGGUCCUUUAACUCCACAAGAUCAAAAUGGAGGUCCUUUAACUCCACAAGAUCAAAAUGGAGAUCCUUUAACUCCAAAUGGAGGUCCAUUAACUCCACAAGAUCAAAAUGGAGGUCCUUUGACUCCACAAGAUCAAAAUGGAGAUCCUUUAACUCCACAAGAUUCAAAUGGAGGACCUUUAACUCCACAAGAUUCAAAUGGAGGUUCUUUAACUCCACAAGAUUCAAAUGGAGGUCCUUUAACCCCAAAUGCUCCACAACAAGAUCCAGAUACACCUUUAACUUCUGCAGCAUCUGGUGACAAUACUGGCGCAGUUGCUCAACGUCAAAAACGUGCCGCAGGUAAAUCUAAACCAUCCCCCAUUUUCGCCCCAACCAAAACUCACAUUUUUCCAGACAAUGAUCAACAAUUCUGGGAGUUCUACCAUUCAGCCAUGCAAUUUUUGGAUCAAUAUGAUGUUUCGAUCAAAUAUGUCGACGAAUAG